UCCACUGUGUGUGUUAUCAUAUAACUCGUGGUCAAACUGUUAACUGUUAAGUAACCUCAAACGAUAAUUUUGAUCAGUCCUUUUCGUUCUUGUUGAUUUUGUUUACUUCUCGAGUAUUUUAGAUUUUGACUUGAAGAAACUGCAAUCAUGGGUCGUGUCAGGACGAAGACUGUCAAGAAGGCUGCCAGAGUCAUCAUCGAGAAGUAUUAUACUCGAUUAACAUUAGACUUCCACACCAACAAAAGGAUAUGUGAGGAAAUCGCAAUCAUCCCCACAAAGCCACUGCGUAACAAAAUCGCUGGAUUUGUUACUCAUUUAAUGAAAAGAUUGCGUACAAGUCAAGUUCGUGGUAUUUCCAUUAAAUUGCAAGAAGAAGAACGUGAGAGGAGAGAUAACUAUGUACCAGAAGUGUCUGCUCUUGAACAAGAUGUUAUUGAAGUUGAUACUGAAACUAAAGACAUGUUGAAAAUGCUGGAUUUCCAAAACAUCUCAGGAUUACAACUGGUCCUCAGCGGAACCCAGUACCCCAAGAGGAAUUAAAAUAUGUGACAACCGUUAUAACAACUUAUGAUUCAGUAAACACAAUUUUUCCAAACAUGA